AUGUUGUUCUCUUCGCUUGUAUCGUUUGUCGCGCUCGCAGCGGCUGGCGUUAAUGCUCAUGGUUAUGUAGACAAGAUCAUUGCUGAUGGCAAGACCUACAAUGGGCCUAUUCCGGGCGAGACAAACCCCAAGUCUCCAAUCCGUCGUAUCAGUACCAUUGAUCCGUACAAGAACCCCAAGGGCUCUGGCAUUACAUGCGGAGAAAAAUCCCAGCUCGCCUCUGUCGUCGCACCUAUCACCGCUGGCUCCGACCUUACGCUCUCUUGGGUUGCCCACCCGAACCAAGCCUGGCCCCAUGAAAUGGGUCCACUUAUCACUUGGAUGGCCAAGGUUCCGGCUGGUCAAACUGCGGACAAGUUUGAUGCGUCCAAGGGUGACUUUUUCAAGGUCCACCAAGAAGGCCAGGAAGGCAAGAAGUGGUAUCUCGAGCGCUUGAUGAAACUCGGAACGACCAUGUCCAUCCCCAUCCCAAAGGAACUCGAGGACGGUGAUUAUAUAAUGCGUCACGAAAUCAUUGCUCUCCACCUUGCAGACAACAAAGGCGGCGCCGAGUUUUACACUAGCUGCUUCCAGCUGAAAGUUACUGGCGGCACCGGCACUGCCAAGACCACCGCCUCCGAGACCGUCCGCUUCCCCGGCGCGUACGACGCUUCGAACCCUGGCAUUUAUGUCCCCAAGGUCUUUGACAAUGGUUUCAAAUACAAAUUCCCCGGCCCCGCUAUUGCGACGUUUGCCAACACUGGAAACACGACUGAGCCUGACACUACCACGACUGAAUCUUCCUCGGCCCCGACCAAGACUUCCUCUUCUAAACCCGUCGAGCCUACUUCUACUGGCGAACCUGACGACGAUGACGAGUGCGGCAGCGAGGACCCUACCUCUUCGUCGGCUGCUCCGGAGCCGACCGCGACUGAAGAGUGCACAGGUGAUGAUGAUGAAUCCGCUACCGAGUCCGAGUCGGCCACCCCUACAUCCACGAGCAAGUAUGGUAAGCCUACUGGCAAGUCCCACAAGCCGUACCACAACGACCGCCGUGGACAUAUCCGCUCUUGGACGUCUCGCAUGGAGAAACGCAUCAUCGGUGCCCCUCGCAAGUAA